CUGUCUGAGACGAAGAUCUUCACUGCCUCCAAUGUGUCUUCAGUGCCUCUGCCUGCUGAGAAUGUGACAAUCACAGCUGGACAGAGAAUCGAUCUUGCAGUCCUGCUAGGGAAGACACCCUCUUCUAUGGAGAAUGAGUCAACAAACCUGGAGUCAUCCCAGGCUCCUUCCCUGGCCCAGCCACUGGUGUUCAGCAAUUCCAAGCAGAGUGCUAUAUCCCAGCCUGCCUCUGGUAACUCCUUCUCUCACCACAGCAUGGUGAGCAUGCUGGGGAAAGGGUUUGGAGAUGUUGGAGAGGCCAAAGGCAGCAGUACCACAGGUUCUCAGUUCCUGGAGCAGUUCAAGACAGCCCAGGCUCUGGCUCAGCUGGCUGCUCAGCACACUCAGCCUGGUGGGAGCACCACUGCUUCUUCCUGGGACAUGGGAUCCACUACGCAGACCUCGUCUCUUGUGCAGUAUGAUCUCAAGAACCCGACGGACUCUUCUGUGCAUAGUCCCUUCACCAAGCGUCAGGCCUUCACGUCAACUUCAACCAUGAUAGAGGUUUUCAUGCAAGAGAAACAACCUGUGGUGUCUGCCUCCACAACCGUGCCGGCACCCCCUUCCUCGCCGCUGCCCAGCAAAACCAAUCCUGUUCCCCAGAUGUCCCCAGGAUCCUCGGACAACCAGUCCUCCAGUCCCCAGCCAGCGCAGCAGAAGCUGAAGCAGCAAAAGAAAAAAGCAUCGUUAACAUCAAAGAUUCCUGCACUUGCAGUGGAAAUGCCUGGAUCAGCGGAUAUCUCAGGGUUAAACCUGCAGUUUGGGGCGUUACAGUUUGGUUCGGAGCCUGUUCUCGCGGAGUAUGAAUCGACGCCCACAACAAGCGCCGCCGUGAGCCAAUCUCAGAGCAGCCUGUACACCAGCACGGCUAGUGAAUCUUCAUCCACAAUUUCGUCCAAUCAAAGCCAGGAAUCUGGUUACCAGAGCGGCACAAUACAGACAGCAACAUUUACCUCCCAGAACAGUGCUCAGGGACCACUGUACGAGCAGAGAUCCACCCAGACGAGGCGAUACCCAAAUUCAAUCUCUUCCUCUCCCCAAAAAGACCUGACCCAGGCCAAGAAUGGUUUCAGUUCUGUACAGCCCACGCCAUUACAAACCACACAGGCCGUUGAAG